GCUUCAUGACUUCAGUAUACUGAAAUCGAUGUCUGAGAAACUCAAUGUACUUAGUUUAGAGUUUCUCUACCUGGGAGGGAAUUUCAUUACUUCAAUUCCACCUGAAUUAGCAAAACUGCCUUCUCUAAGGUACCUAGUUCUGUGUGACAACAAGAUCCAGAGCAUUCCACCCCAGCUGGCACAGCUGCAUUCCCUGCGUUCCCUUAGCCUUCACAAUAACCUGCUGACUUACCUUCCUCGAGAGAUCCUUAACUUGGUUCACCUAGAAGAGCUGAGCCUGCGUGGGAACCCCCUGGUGGUUCGGUUUGUGCGUGACCUGACCUACAACCCCCCAAGCCUUCAGGAACUCGCCGGACGCACCGUGAAAACACGCAACGUUCCCUAUGCUCCCAGCGAUCUCCCGGAGAAUCUUGUCCGCUACCUGAGCUUGGCCAGCAACUGUCCCAAUCCUAAAUGUGGGGGUGUCUACUUCGACAGCUGCGUCCGACAAAUCAAGUUCGUUGACUUCUGUGGGAAGUAUCGCCUCCCGCUCAUGCACUACCUGUGCUCCCCAGAGUGCUCCUCUCCCUUCAGCUCUGCCUCCCAGAGCUCUACUUCCCAGAGCGAGUCUGACUCUGAUGACGAGGCCAGCGUCGCUGCGCGCAGGAUGCAGAAAGUCCUCCUGGGAUAA